AUGACGACAUCGAGAUCCUGUCCCCUGUGUCCACAGGUGAUGGAGACCUGCCAGGUGUCCAGGAGCCCCCGAGAGCGGCGGCUGCUGCUUUUGCUGCUGCUGCUGCUUGUGCCCUGGGGCACCGGCCCUGCCUCGGGUGUUGCCCUGCCCCUCACUGCUGUGUUCAGCCUCCGCUCCCCAGGCCGGGCCUGGGCGGAUUUGGGUAUUCCCCUGUCUCGGCGCAGCCUGGCGCUAGCUGACGACGCAGCCUUUCGGGAACGCGCGCGCCUGCUAGCAGCCCUGGAGCGCCGCCGCUGGCUAGACUCGUACAUGCAGAAGCUGUUGCUACUGGACGCGCCCUGA